ACCCUCCGAUCUCCCGCCAAAAUGGAGCCGGACGUCAGCAUCGAAACCAGCUCCAUGAUCCGUGUGGCUGUCCUCCCCAUCGGCCACGUGCCCCCCGUCCUCCUCCGCGACUACCACUCGAUGCUGCUCCGCCACCAGACGAUCCCUCUCUCCGCCAUCAGCUCCUUCUACACUGAGCACCAGAAGUCCCCCUUCGCCCACCAGCCCUGGGAUUCCGGCAACCUCCGAUUCAAGUUCGUCCUCGGCGGGGCCCCACCGUCCCCGUGGGAGGAUUUCCAGUCCAAUCGCAAAACCCUAGCUGUCAUCGGUAUCUGCCACUGCCCCUCGUCUCCCGAUCUUGACUCCGUCAUCGAUCAAUUCGACUCGGCUCGCCGCGCCUACUCCUCCGCCCUCGUCGAUCGCUGCUUCGCCUUCUGCCCCGGCGAUUCUCAGUUGGAGGAUGGGAGCAAGAAAGGAGGGAACUUGAUGCUGUUUCCGCCGGCGGAUCGGGCGACUCUGGAGUUCCACCUGCAGACAAUGAUGCAGGACAUUGCGGCAUCACUGCUGAUGGAGUUCGAGAAAUGGGUGCUGAAAGCUGAGCCUGCAGGAACCAUUGUCAAGACGCCUUUGGAUUCCCAAGCCACUCUCAACUCAGAGGAGGUUAUAAAGGCGAAGAAGCGGAGGCUCGGGCGAGCGCAGAAGACAAUGGGUGAUUAUUGCUUGUUGGCAGGAUCACCUGUUGAUGCCAAUGCUCAUUACUCUACUGCACUAGAACUUGCUAGGUUGACUGGAGAUUUUUUCUGGUAUGCUGGUGCAUUGGAGGGCAGUGUCUGUGCCUUACUGAUUGAUCGAAUGGGCGAAAGGGAUUCAGGUGUCGAUGAUGAAGUUAGAUAUCGAUACAGUAGUGUCAUCUUGCACUACAGGAAGUCAUUCAUACAAGAAAAUGCUCAAAGAGUUUCACCCUUAACAUUUGAACUAGAGGCUACAUUGAAACUGGCAAGGUUUCUAUGCAGACGGGAGCUGGCUAAGGAGGUAGUGGAACUACUUACAAGUGCAGCAGAUGGUGCUAAAUCUCUGAUUGAUGCCAGUGAUAGACUUGUUUUAUAUGUUGAAAUAGCUCGUUUAUAUGGAACUCUUGGUUAUCAGCGAAAGGCUGCUUUUUUCUCAAGGCAAGUGGCUCAGUUAUAUCUACAGCAGGAUAAUAGACUGGCUGCUAUUAGUGCAAUGCAAGUUUUAGCAAUGACAACAAGAGCCUACCAUGUUCAAAGUAGAGCUUCCAUCUCUGAAGACUCGCUUCCUAAAAAGGAAAUUGGGUCAAGUCUUGCAGAGGGUGGGAAAAUGCUCCACCAGUCAGUUGUCUCUCUUUUUGAGUCUCAGUGGAGCACACUACAGAUGGUUGUACUCAGAGAGAUUCUGCUAUCCGCUGUCCGUGCAGGAGAUCCUCUUGCUGCCUGGGGUGCAGCUGCAAGAUUACUAAGAUCAUAUUAUCCUUUAAUUACACCUGCUGGGCAAAAUGGUCUUGCUAGUGCACUUUCAAAUUCAGCAGAUAGGUUGCCAUCGGGAACUCGCUGUGCUGACCCUGCUUUACCUUUCAUCAGAUUGUAUUCUUUUCCUCUCCAUCCUUCACAAAUGGACAUUGUAAAGCGCAAUCCAGGAAGAGAAGACUGGUGGGCAGGAGCUGCUAAUACUGGUCCUUUUAUUUAUACACCAUUCAGCAAGGGAGACACAAACAGUAACGCCAAACAGGACCUUGUUUGGAUUGUUGGAGAACCUGUUCAGAUUUUAGUCGAACUGGCAAACCCUUGUGGCUUUGAUUUGAGGGUUGAUAGCAUAUAUCUCUCAGUGCCUUCAGGAAAUUUUGAUGCUUUUCCUGUUACUGUAAAUCUUCCACCCAAUUCAUCAAAAGUGAUCACCUUAUCUGGGAUCCCGAUUGCAGUUGGGCCAGUGACAAUUCCUGGGUGCACUGUCCACUGCUUUGGUGUUAUUACCGAACACCUGUUUAAGGAUGUUGAUAAUCUGCUUCUUGGAGCUACACAAGGACUUGUGCUUUCUGACCCUUUCAGAUGCUGUGGGUCUGCGAGGCUGAAAAACAUAUCUGUUCCGAACAUAUCUGUGGUACCACCAUUACCAUUGCUGGUUUCACGUGUAGUUGGUGGUGAUGGUGCAAUCAUUCUUCAUGAAGGUGAAAUUCGUGAUGUGUGGAUCAGUCUGGCUAAUGCAGGUACAGUUCCAGUUGAACAAGCACAUGUAUCAUUAUCAGGAAAAAACCAAGAUUCUGUUAUCUCGAUUGCGUCCGAAACCUUAAAAUCAGCCCUUCCUUUGAGGCCUGGGGCCGAAGUGACUAUACCUGUGACCUUAAAGGCUUGGCGCCAUGUUGUAGCAGAUCCUGAGACUGCUGCAGGCAGGAGUGCCUCUGGAAGCACUGCAAGGCAGUCUAAGGAUGGAAGUAACCCCAUAUUGUUAAUCCAUUAUGCAGGGCCUCUGACAAAUGCUGGAGAUCCUCCAACAGAUAAAUCUGCUAUCCCCCCUGGCAGGCGCCUUCUUGUUCCUUUGCAGAUUUGUGUUCUUCAGGGUUUGUCUUUUGUAAAGGCUCGUCUGCUUUCAAUGGAGAUUCCUGCACAAGUGGGUGUAAACCUUCCAAAACCAGUUGAUAUUGAGAAUAGCCCUACUGAAGCUCUUGGUUCUCCUACUAAGAUGGACAGAUUGGUGAAGAUUGAUCCUUUCAGAGGAAGUUGGGGACUACGCUUUCUUGAACUUGAGUUGUCUAAUCCCACAGAUGUUGUCUUUGAAAUUACUGUUUCUGUCCAGCUGGAGAACGCUAGUCAUGAGCAUAUACUUUCUGGUGAUCAAGAUGCUACUGAAUAUGGUUACCCUAAAACAAGAAUUGAUCGGGAUUGUUCUGCGAGGGUACUGAUACCACUGGAGCAUUUUAAACUACCAGUUCUUGAUGAUUCGUUUUUUGUGAAGGAUAAUCUGGCAGAUGGGGCUGUUAGUGGCAGAAAUUCAAGCUUCUCGGAACGGAAUACUAAAGCUGAACUUAAUGCUUCUAUCAAGAACCUCAUAUCUAAGAUAAAGGUUAGGUGGCAAUCAGGUCGAAACAGCUCGGGAGAAUUGAAUAUCAAGGAUGCUAUACAGGCAGCCCUUCAGACAUCUGUUAUGGAUGUACUGCUGCCAGAUCCAUUGACAUUUUGCUUCAGGCUUUCUAGAAACGGCCUUGCACUUGAACAUUCUGGUUCACACACAGAGCACAAUUUUCAAGUUCACCCUUCUGCAGCUAAGGGUUCUGUGCUGGCGCAUGAAAUGACUCCAAUGGAAGUUAUGGUUCGUAAUAACACGAAGGAGAUGAUCAAAAUGAGUCUUAGCAUUACAUGCAGAGACGUUGCUGGAGAGAAUUGCAUAGAGUGUACAAAGGCAACUGUCUUGUAUUCUGGUGUUUUGAGCGGGAUCACUGUGGAGGUUCCCCCACUUGAAGAAAUUAAGCAUUCUUUCUCAUUGUAUUUUCUUGUCCCGGGUGAGUACACGCUGGUAGCUGCCUCAGUGAUCGAUGAUGCUAAUGAUAUACUCAGGGCUCGUGCAAGAACAAAAUCAUCCGAUGAGCCAAUAUUCUGCCGUGGGCCCCCAUAUCAUGUUCGUGUUGUUGGGACUGCAUGAUGGUUCUUUCCACCCACCACAUCAGCCGGAUUAGCUCAAACCAGGUUAAUGCUUUCAGUAUCAGUAAACAAUGCCAUAUGUUUUUAAUUUGGCAGCGGGAGGAACGCAUCCAUUUGUCUUGAGAAUCAAAUUCUUAAAAGUAGGGUGUUCUCUGUUGUGUAUUUUAGAUUCAUAGUUGCAGUUUUGUACACAAAUGUUGUGAAAUAAGUUGUUAACCUCUAUCAAUUUGGCUACGUUUUAUUUACACGAAAGAAACAUGUUUGCUGCA